AUGGUGGGGUGGAUUGGGCGCGUUCUCAAUUCAGGCGUCGAUAGUGGCUUUGGUCGUUUCCAUGUGCUGUUCAGGGGUAUGCUGGUCUGGGAGCCCUUUGGCGACACAUAUUGGCAGGAGGGUCAGGCGCAAUCUAUUCAGAGCACACGGAAGGCGAUCGGGGGCUCUUUCAGGGGGGAACAUCGAGUAUGGUCGCUGCGGCAAAGGAAAAAGUUGCAAUGGUUUCCGCGCAUGGGGGUUGUCAGACUAGGCAUGGGUGCGAGGGCCUCGACAAUAACUCAAGAUUUCAUGAACACCUUGGAAAAUCAGCGAGGAUAA